AUGUAUGUGCUUGACCUAAUCUCUCUAUCUUUUUUUAUUUAUCUCUCUUUCUCUCUCUCUCUCUCUUCAUUCUUUCGUUUUCUUCGUUUUUCUAUUCUACGUUUAAUUCUUUUAAUUUUUUUUAUUACAUUUUUCUUUCAUUUGUUUUCUUCUUCUUUUCUUUCUUCUUUUCCUGCUUUUUCUUCUUCUUUCCUUUCUUCUUUUUGCUGCUUUUUCUUCUUCUUUCCUUUCUUCGUUUUCUGCUUUUUUCUUUUUUCCUUUUUUCUUUCUUUUUUCUUUUCCUUUUUUUUUAUUCUUCUUUCUUUUCUUCUUUUCCUCCUCUUUAUCCUUCCCGACUCUCUUCUUUUUACUGCUCUUUCUUGUAUGUUUUACCUGCUUUUAUUCUUCUUUCCUUUCUUCUUUUCCCAGUUUUUUAUUUUUCUUCUUUAUUCCCGCUUUAUAUUCUUCUUUACUUUCUUCUUUUUCCUGCUUUUUAUUCUUCUUUCCUUUCUUCUUUUUUUUUUUGACUCUGAUUCCCUUUCUUCUUUUUCCUGGAUUUUAUUCUCCGUUCCAUUCUUCCUUUUCCUUCCUUUUCCCUUCUUUCCUUUCUUCUCUUUCCAGCUUUACAUUGUUCUUUCCAUUCUUCAUUUUCCUGCUUUUUCUUUCUUUCCUUUCUUCUUUUUCCAGCUUUAUAUUCUUCUUUUCUUUCUCAUUUUUCAUGUUUUUUUAUUCUUCUUUCUUUUCUUCUUUUUCUAUUUUCUUUUUCUUUUUCUUUCCUAUCUUCUUUUUCGUGCUUUUAUUCUUUCUUUUCUUCUUUUAUCUGCUUUUUAUUCAUUAUCCUUUCUUCUUUUUCAUGUUUUUUUUUUUUUUUUCUUAUUUUUCCUGCUUUUUAUACUUUUUUCUUUUCUUCUUUUUCCUAUUUUUUAUUCUCCUUUCCUUUCAUUUUUUGCUGAUUUUUAUUCUUUCGCUAUUAUUCUUAUUCUAUGUUUUCAUUAUAUCAACUUUUUCUUUUGUUCUUCUUCUUCUUCUUCCUCUUCUUCUUCUUCCUCUUCUUUUUUCGUUUUCCUUCCUCUCUUUGGAAACUUUUAUUCUCCGUUCCAUUCUUUCUUGAUCCUUUUUUUUUUUUUUUCCUUUACUUUCUUUUUCAUUCUUUUCCAGCUUUACAUUGUUCUUUUAAUUUUUUUUAUUACAUUUUCUUUCAUUUUCCUUUCCUUUUUUUUUUGCUUUUUUUUCUUCUUCUUUCUUUUCUUUUUGCUGCUUUUUCUUCUUCUUUCCUUUCUUUGUUUUCUGCUUUUUAUAUUUUUUCUUUUCUUCUUUUUCCUGCUUUUUCUUCUUCUUUCUUUUCUUUUUCCUGUUUUUUAUUCUUCUUUCUUUUCUUCUUUUCCUCCUCUUUAUCCUUUCCGACUCUCUUCUUUUUACUGCUCUUUCUUGUAUGUUUUACCUGCUUUUAUUCUUCUUUCCUUUCUUCUUUUUUCUUUUUUAUUUUUUCCUUUAUUUUUUUCUUUUUCCUUUCUUCUUUUUUUCUCUUUUGACUCUGCUUUUCCUUCUUUCUCCCCUUUCCUUUUCAUUUUCCUGCUUUUUCUUUCUUUCCUUUCUUCUUUUUCCAGCUUUUUAUUCUUCUUUUUCUUUUUUCAUUUUUCUUCCUUUAUUUUCUUUUUUUUCUUGCUUUCUUUUUCUUUUUUUCCUGAUUUUUAUUCUUCUUUCCUUUCUUCUUCUUUUUUGCUUUUUAUUCUUCGUUCCUUUCUUCUUUCUCCUUAUUUUAAUUCUUCUUUACUUUCUUCUUUUACUGCUUCUUAUUCUUCUUUCAUUUCUUCUUUUACUGCUUUGUAUUCUACUUUCUUUUCUUCGUUUUCCUGCUAUUUAUUCUUCUUUCCUUUCUUCUUUUCAAGCUUUCAAUUCUUCCUUCCUUUUUUGUUCUUUCCUUUCUUCUUUUUCCUUCUUUUUAUUCCUUUCCUUCUUCUUUUUCUUCGUUUUUAUUCUUCUUUCCUUUUUUCUUUUCCAGAUUUUUCUUCUUUCCUUUCUUCUUUUUUUCUGAUUUUCUUCUUUUUCCUUUCUUUUUUUUUUACCUUUUUCUUUUUUUUUUUCAUUCUUAUUUGUUUUCUUCUUUUUCCUGCUUUCUAUUUUUUCCUUUCUUCUUUUUACUGCUUUUCAUUCUUCUGUCCUUUCUUUUCUUUUAUUUUUUUCUUCUUCUUUCUUUUAUUCUUUUUUUUCUUCUUUUUCUUUUUUUUUUAUUUUCUUUCUUUUUAUUCUUUUUCUCCUGAUUUUUUCUUUCUUUUUUUUUUUUUUUCUUUUUUUUAUUUUUUUCCCCUGUUUUUUCUUUCUUUUUAUUCUUCUUUCUUUUAUUCUUUUUCCCGAUAUUUUUCUUUCUUUUUAUUCUUCUUUCCUUUCUUUUUUAUCUUCUUUUCAUUCUUCUUUCUUUUCUUCUUUUCAUUUUUUACUGCUUUCUUUUCUUCUUUUUCCUGUUUUUAUUCUUCCAUCUUUUCUUCUUUUUCUUUUUUCCUUUAUUCAUUCUUUUUUCAUUUUAUUCUUUUUCUUUUAUUCUUUUUCUUGAAAUUUUUUUCCUGUUUUUUCUUCUUUCCUUUCAAUGUAACUUCUUUUUCGAUAUUUUCCUAUCUUCUUUUCUACUUUUUAUUCAUUAUCCUUUCUUCUUUUCUUCUUUUUCUUCUUUUUUCUUUUCUUUUUUAUACCAUUUCUUUUCUUUUCUCCUUUCCUUUUUUUUUCUGA